AUGGUGCCGGUGCCGCUGACGCUUUGCCUUGGUGCCCUUGGUGCCCUUGGUGCCCAUGCCUUGCGCGACCGCACCACCUCGGCACAUCACUCAGGAGCGGGUUACAAUGCCUCGACAGGCGACUAUGAUUGUCCUUGCAACGGUUUAGCUCUGGAAUCACAACUAGCUCGCAUGGUAGCCAUUUCCUAUGACGAGAAAAGCAUCCGAUCUCUGGAGAGCUAUGCCAAAGAGCUUUUCUCCUGCUCUUUGGCAGCUACAGCUGGAGUGUGCGGGUACCCAUGGGGUGUCCAGGGUCACAGGGACUUCUAUUACCAUCUGCCAAACAGCGGCCUCUUCCAAAGCGUCUUGGCCAAAGUCCACUGGACGACGCCCACGGCCUUCGUGGGGCGCUGCGCCAUGAAACCGCAGACCUGCACGGUGGCCUUCAGCGGCGCCACGGGUUUGAACUUCGUGGCAGGGAUCAUGAGCUCCUCACCGGUGACCUUGAAGAAAGCAAGCGACGGCAGCAUCCAAGUUUCGGAUGAUGGGACUGGGCACCGCUUCCAUCAGUUUUAUUGGAAGGUCUACGAGGUCUUCAGAGAGCAGAUCGGUGACAAGGUCAUCGAUGCCCUGAAGGGCUGUGAGCACAUCACCGUCACCGGACAUUCCAUCGGAGCUGCCUUGGCUGCUGCUCCAGGCUGGCCACUGCUGUUUUUUGAUCUGGGGCUCAAGGCAUUUCCAAACACGUAUAGUUGCAAAGAAAGCAAAGAACGAGCCAUGGACAUGGACCAGCCAGAGAGUGAGACCGAGAUGGAGAGCCCCAAACCGGAAGAUGAAGUGCAGAGAGAAAGGGAAGCACGAGAAGCCAGGAGGAUGAGGCAUGGAGCGAAACAUUUCCAAAAUGUGCAGAACUGCAAGGAUAAAACCUUUGUGAAAAGGAACAACCGCGUGCAUAAAUGCGUGGACUAUGUCGAGGAGCUCGUCAAUGCGAAUGGUGAUCCAGAGUUGUUGGCGAAAGGACUUACGAAGAUGAAGGUGAACGAAGGAGUUUCCAAGGCGGCAACAAGAGCUGCUUGUGCAGCCAUCCGAUUUGCAGGGAGGACUGUCUCACCGCAAUGCCAAGUUAUUUUGGAAGCCUUGGUCUGGGCUGGGAAGACAAUCCCUUGCGUUGAGCAGAGCAUCAACUAUGUGUCCGAAGUGCUCUCCGACCAAGUGUGUGCAGGCGUCAACUAUGCGUCCAACGUGCUCUCAGAGUCAGUGCAUGCCUGUGGGCGUUUCUUCCGAAGGAUGACCGGCCGAGAAGAUGCGGAAGACAGCCGAAAGGAGGUCCCAGCAUGGCAUCCACCGCAUCCACCGCAUGAUCCACCACACCCACCGGGUGCUGGUGGAAGUGGCAGUGCAGGCCUUGGUGGUAUUGACCUCGAUGGACAGUGCACAGUGCAUAUUUCCGGUGCAGCUGGAAAUCACAAGUCUGGAGUCCUGCUGUGUUUCGAUGAAAUCAGCGGCCUGUUUCAGUGGGCGCCUAAGAGCGACCUGGCAUUCAAUGACUUUGAGAUGGCCAGUGCGCUACAGUGGGUGAAGGAACAUGGCAACACUCAAGUGGCUUUCAGCCUGAACCCCCUCGAUGACCAAAAGUUUCAUUAUGCAGGUGAUAGUGUGGAUGGCCUAUACCAAGCGAAGUGGUAUUCCCAUGACUCUUUGAAGUCCAUCCCCUUGGGCUACUGGAUGUGGCGGGCCGACUGGAAGUUGAAACAGCUGGUCCAUCAUUCCUCAUACGAUGAUGCCACGGGAAAACGAGAGCCGUUGCGACCAGGGGCCACCGUACCUGCCGAUUGGCCAGAUGUUUUCCAAGGAUCCCGCAGCUCAAGUCGUUCCAUGCGGGCUUGGAUCGUAUGCCGAAGUGUGACGCUUCGUAGCUGUACAUCGUCUGGGUGGAUCACCAGAAUGUUUUCACCAAUGCUACGUCGUAGCAUUGGUGAAAACAUUCUGGUGAUCCACCCAGACGAUGUACAGAUGGGUGUGGAGGAGCGUGCCCAAGUCUUCAACCAGGCAACCGGAUCACUUGAGGAUGCAAGAGAGCAGCCAGAACCUUCGCCAGAAGUGAGAUACAUCGAUCAAAACUACGACAAGGUUGCACAUUUCCAUCCCGAGCUACUUCACUGCAAGCGCAUGGCUUGUCUACUGGCCAUUGCACGGUUUUUGCACAGAGGCGUGUUGCAACGCAAAGCUUCUACAUUUUCCAUGCCGAAGAGUGCAAUCCCUAGGGACUUUGCCGACAAUUCUGUCCCAGUGAUCCAGGUCGAGCACCGAAAAGGUCUGCAGGAAGAGGCAGAGCUGCAGCGGCAAAGACAGCAUGUCAACGACUUGGAGAAAGCGCUAAAGGGUUUGGAGGCAGAGUUUCAGCAAGCGAAAUCCCGACUUGACCAUCAGCCAGUGGACAGGUACAGUCAGACGUCGGUGGCCGCUUACAAUCAGAUGGUUGCAGAAACCAAUGCAGCGCAGGAAAGACUCAACUCAAUGGUUCCCGUCUUCAACCAGGCAGUGGACGCUUGCAACAAAGCCACACACGCUUAUAACGCUGCAAAUGCUUCGUGCAGGUAUCGUGGAGGUGUUGAGUUGGAGAUCCGAAACCUGGAUGUAAAGCCUGUCAAUGCUGAGGAGACGGAGAUCUUGAAAUCUUUUCGUCCUUUGGCAGAAGAAGUUUUGAGAAACCCGGAGAUUUCAAGUCUUCUACGGCAACCUCAUCUCAAGGAAGCGCCUUCGGUCCUCCAAGAUGUCUACGACCAAAAGGACGUGUGCCUGAACAUUUGGCCUGUGGCUAGACCCCAGCCAGUGCAGGUGAUUUUGCACAGCUUGGAGAGAAGAGCAGAUCUGAACGGUUCCAGUGGGACCCUUGAAAGCCUUGAAAGCCCACAGCCAGAAGGUGGGAAAGGUGGGAAAUACAAAGUCCAUUUGAGCCAUUUGAGCCAUGACGGGGUCAUCUCGGUGAAGCGCAAGAACUUCAUCAUUCUUUGCAAGGUGCAACUCUUUGGCCUCCGCAACGACCUUCACAACGGAAAGGUUGGCUCGAUUGUCGGUGUCCGCAAUGGUGGGACAGAGCUACGCUAUCUGGUUCGUCUAUCAGACCGAGAAGUAGCAGUUGAACCGAAACAUGUUCUCCUCCCUGUGGGUACCACAGGAACCAUAUUCUCCAAUCUUGAUGACCAUGGCACCGAAAUCCGUAUUCAAGGGCUGGCAACAGCAGAGAAAGACAAGGAGAUCCGUAAGGAGAUCCGUAAGGAGAUCAUAAAGAUCAUGGAGAAGCACGGGGAGCAUGAAGUCUUUGAUGAUUCGAUUCGGCUGGGAGAGGUUCACAAUGGGAUCACCAUGGGCCAAAACGUUGCGUGGUACGGCAAACCUCCAGAUGUGGGUUGCCGUGGCAAACGGCUCUACUCCAUCGACGAUCCUGUACCCUACCUGCGGCAAUUCUGGGAUGGCCCAGAUGUCAUCCGCCACGCCUUGGUUCCCCCGCAGAGGUUGACGCACCAAAAGGGGAGUGAGAAAUGGACGGCGGAUUCUCCGAGCGCCUGCAACAAGGAUGAGCCCAUGGACAGAGAAUGUGCCAAGGGCUGCAGCAGCAUCAAGCCUCACUACAACUACCGCAUCUUCACGGGCAUCAUGCAACAUCAGGCCUCGGCCUACAUCACGGCCGUGGACUCUGCGUUCAGCUCCCUGGAGGAGCACGGUGCGCCCAGCAUGGACAUGGCGUGA